GUAAGGUGUGUGAGCUCAUAUAAGGGACAGCGUGUGUUCGCUUCAGCAUCCUCUUUGCUGCCUGCUGCUGAUUUUUUACAGAACGAACUCAAGACUUUUCCACUGCACAAACAGUAAACAAAUGGCUCUGAUGAUGUUUGUCCUCCUGCCGCUGACAGGUUUUUUCUUUUUGCUUUCUCCAGUGUUCGGCUCAGAAUCCAGCGUGGCGUACCCGGUGACCUGUGUGACUCGUGGCACCGACCUCCCCCAGGACCAGGAGGUGGUUCUGUGUCCGUCUGGCUGCACAGACCCCCGAUGGGGCCUGUCUGUGUUUGGGACCGGCGUAUACGCGUCCGUCUCCUCUGUCUGUGGCGCCGCUGUGCACAGGGGACUGUUGACUCAAUCUGGCGGAAAGGUCAAAGUUAAGAUGCUGCAAGGACGAAACAACUACGUGGCCUCCUAUGUCAACGGCAUCCAAUCACAGCCUUUAUCCUACUGGGCCACCUCUUUCAGCCUCACCAAAGCUGAUAAUGUUGCACUGGAGGUGAUUGGGCAGACCAACACAACAGCAAUCGCAGAACCAGUGAAGAAAAAUAUGAAGAAAUCUUCGGUGAAGAAAGCUCUGACAGGAGGAAACAAAGACUGUCAAAUGGACAUCAUUAUAGUGAUGGACAGCAGCAAAAAUAUUGGGCGGCGACGCUUCAACCUGCAGAAGAACUUUGUCUCUAAACUCACCACCAUGUUGAAAAUUGGACCAAUUGGACCACACGUUGGAGUGGUGCAGGCCAGUGACUCUCCAAAGAUAGAGUUCCUUUUGCCCAAUUACACGCAACCUAAAGAGCUGCUGUUUGCCAUCAAGGAGCUGGCAUUCCUGGGAGGAGACACAAACACUGGUAAAGCCAUCAUGCAGACAGCAGAGGACUUUUUCAUCCAAGAAAACGGGGGCAGGCGAGGUCACCCUCGUGUGAUGCUGGUGCUGGUUGACGGCUGGCCAUCGGACGACUUGGAGCAGGCAGCCAUGUUUGCCAGAGAGUCUGGAGUAAAUGUGUUCCUCGUGUCAGUGGCCAAGCCGACAACUGAUGAGCUCGCCAUGGUUCGAGACAAAGACUUCAUGAACAAGGCGGUGUGUAAAGAUAACGGUUUCUUCAGCUACGUGAUCUCCAGCUGGUUCAGCACCACCAAACACGUGAAACCUUUGGCUCAACGCCUCUGCUCGCUGGACGCCAUGCUGUGCAGUAAGACGUGCUACAACUCUGUCAACAUCGGCUUCCUCAUUGACGGGUCAUCCAGCGUUGGUGUGGACAACUUCCGGAUGGUCCUGGAUUUCCUGGCAGGAAUUGCCAGGAGCUUUGAGAUCUCCGACAUGGGAGCUCGCAUUGGCGCAGUGCAGUUCACGUACGAGCAGCGGCUGGAGUUUGGUCUGUUUGAUCACUUCAACAAAGAACAAGCCAUCAACUCUCUGAGGAGGAUUUCUUACAUGAACGGAGGAACAGCCACUGGAGCCGCCAUCACCUACGCUGCCCAGAACCUGUUCAGGCGGUCUGGACCUGGUCGUAACUUCCUCAUCCUGGUGACAGACGGCCAGUCGUAUGAUGACGUCACCCAGCCGGCGUUGGCUGCACACAAACAAGGCAUCACCAUCUACUCUGUGGGUGUGGCUUGGGCGCACAGGGAUGACCUCAGGUCAAUGGCGUCAGAGCCAAAAGAAAGCCACUAUUACUUCACCCGAGAGUUCAGUGGCCUCAGCGAGUUCAUCCAGCCGCUGGUUAGAGGCAUCUGCCGAGACUUCACCGAGGCCAACUAAUAGACACACACACACACACACACACACACAUCAAAUCUCAUUCACCCGGUGAAUUUAUUGACCCGGUGUUCAGCAGAAUCAACAUCAAAUCUGCUAUACUGACUGAAGUUA